GACCAGUCUUAACACACUACACAGUCUCUUCUGGCACUUAUACAUACUAGUACAUAGGUUCAAUACCAUCCCGCCUCUACUCUCACUAGAACCUGGAGCAGAUAAACAUCUUAAACACGUUCAACGUGUCUCUGGUGAUACAAGUGAUUGUCUGAGAAGAGUCUAGGAUGGGUUGUAUUAAGAGUAAGCAGGGUUUAAGCCAGGAGGAUUUGGAAUUCUUGAAAACGCAUACGAGAUACGAUGAGAAUACCAUUAAAGAAUGGUAUAAAGGGUUUAAACAGGAUUGUCCGAAUGGUCGUUUGACCCCGCCCAAGUUUGUGGACAUGUACAAACUCUUCUUCCCGUCGGGGAAUGCGGAACAAUUUUGUGAUCAUGUUUUCCGUACUUUCGACACCGACAAAAAUGGUUUCAUCGACUUUAGAGAGUUUUUGCUCGCCAUCGACGUUACUUCUGCGGGCACUCCAGAGGAAAAACUAAAAUGGGCGUUCAGGAUGUACGACGUGGAUGGAAACGGAGUGAUCGACCAGGAUGAGAUGACAAAGAUCGUCCAAGCGAUCUAUGAUAUGCUGGGAGCAGGAGCAGUGAAACCUACAGAUACUGCGGAGGAGAGAGCAAAGAAUAUUUUCAACAGGAUGGACGAGAAUAAUGACGGGCACCUGACUGAAGAGGAGUUCCUAAAGGGAUGUCUCCAGGAUGACGAAUUGUCCAAGAUGCUGGCUCCCAAUGUCACUACGUAGAGUUCUAAACAAUCAGCUGCUGCGUAGAAUAUUAUUCACCUUUUUGAGAUCUAUUCCAAGAACCAGUUCCAGUUUCCCCCGACCAGUCAAAGUUCUAGACGCCAUCUUGAAAUCAGAUCUUUGAUCAGAAAAAUGGCGCAUUUCUGUAAAUAUCAUGGCAGUCAUUUUAGAAAUUUUCAUCAAUGUUAUAAAUAAUAUUGCAAUGUUUCGUGGUAGCAGAAAUUUCGCAAAAUGUGAAAAUGUUCAGUAUAAUUGAAUAUAAUGAACUGAACUGUGCUGUCUGUGCUACCAGUGAAGUGUAAAACCAUGAAGUCAACACAGUAAAUCUCAGCGGUGAAAAAAAUGACGCGCAGUGAUUUCCUGCCAUUCUAUAUCCGGUCUUUGUCAAAGAAAAAUCUCUUUAUUUCUAGAUUUUUUUGGAGGCUUUUGCUAUAGGCUCAAAGUUCACAAUUUGUUAGAUUUUAUGCAAAAAGUUCCAUAAAUAUAUUAUAAUAUUUAAUUAUUUAAUCUGCCUUCCCACAAAAAAACUCAAAUAAAUAUAGGUUUUUCUAUUUAUUCCUCUUCAACUUGACGUCUAUGUAUUACAAAAUUUGCAUUAAAAUCAUCAUAGAAUUUGUGACAUGUUUAUAAGCUUAAUGUACAAUCCAUUUUUUAAUGAGGCCCGUUAAAGUUAUACAAUGUAUACAUAUAGUUUCUUUGUUCGAGAUAGAUUUCAACUGUUCAUAUUGUUCACAAAUAUCUUCAAUUUUUCUUUUAAACCUUCCCUUUUUUCAAUUAUGCAUGCACAUUAUGUCGCAGAACCCAUCUAUGAUCGUGUUUAAAGAUGUGUACACUAAAUAUUCUAGAUAUUGUAAAAUUGCGGAUUUUCCUAUAGCUGUCGUCUUCUUCUUUAUUGACGUAACCUUAAUAAAAAAUUGCGGGUUUCCGAUCAAUUUUGCUCUCCCUUUGAGCACUAGAUUCACUAGAUGCUUGAAUACAUUUUUCCAUCACGUUUUGAGGAUUUAUAAGUUUAAUGAGCAUGAGUGAAUGAGAGUUUGGCUUUUUUUCAUAUUUUGCCAUUUUUGGACUUUGUAACUUAUUUUAAAUUAAAUUACCUUUGUUUGUUGGAAUGCAUUUAUUCGCUGAAUGAGAAAAAAGUUGCAUUUUAUUCUUUCUCGUCUUUGCGCAGUUAUUUGUGCAUUUUUUAUCCAGUUAAUUUAGGUUUAAGUAUAAACAACUAUUGUACAUUAUUUUGUACAAAUGUGUGUGCUUAUUUAUCUAUCAUUCGGGCAUUCAAAUACUCCCCAGCCGUUCUGUACAACAAUAAAAAAACAUAAUUUCUGUACAACAUGAUAUUUAUUGUACAGCAGCGUACAUGACCUGAAAACAGAAGAAAAAGCAGAAAUUAAUUUGCGCAUUUAAAAAGCACACGGUUAACGCACAAAGUAUUCUUUUUGUACAACUUCUGUCAUGUACGUACACGAUUGAUAAAUGUUUGUACAAGAACGUGUGGCGUCUAACUGAAUACGAAUGAACAUUGUAGUCCUUAAAUACUAGGUGCCAAUUCAGCUAAAUAUAUAAUGAUAACAAAAUAA